UACGGAAUAUGCUUCAGCCAUAAAGCUUCGGGAAAUCCUGUCAUCCACAGCCAUGUGGAGAAACCCAGAGGACAUUAGGUCCAAAGAUAUGAGCUUGGUAGAGAAAGUCCCACACCUUUUAAUCUCAGGCAUGGAGAUUCAAAAAAAAACCUUUAUCUCCUGUCCAUCCACAGAUAAAGGGAUCAAGAAACUGUAAUAUAUAUACACAAAGGAAUACCCUUCAGCCAUCAAAAUAACCAUGUCAUUUGGAGCAACACAGAUGAACCACAGAGGCUACAGCUGCCUUGUGCCACACCAUGGAUAGAAGCCACCAUGGCCUCUGUCCAGGCCGAGCUCUGACCACAAUGAUGCCUCUGCCCGCACCCGGGCCCCACUGUGACUGACGGUGCCCUUGUACCUUUUCAGUAGUCAUUGAUGAGAAAGCAUCUACAUCUUCCUUCCCACUACCAGAUUUUGCUUGAAGGAAAGCAGUUUCCCAAAAUAAUUUUGUGACAAGCCUCUACCACAUUAGGACAAAAAUGCUGGAAGCGGCUCAGCCCCAGGGCAGCACAUCACAGCCACCGCAGAACACAGUCAUUCCUCUGCCGUCAUGCUGGGACCAGUCUUUCCUGACAAAUAUCACCUUCUUGAAGGUUCUUCUCUGGUUGGUCCUGCUGGGACUGUUUGUGGAACUGGAAUUUGGCCUGGCAUAUUUUGUCCUAUCCUUGUUCUAUUGGAUGUACGUCGGGAUGCGAGGCCCUGAAGAGAAGAAGGAGGGAGAGAAGAGUGCCUACUCUGUGUUCAACCCGGGCUGCGAAGCCAUCCAGGGCACCCUGACCGCAGAGCAGUUGGAGCGCGAGUUACAGUUGAGACCCAUAGUGGGGAGAUAGGACCCAGCUGUGCCAUCAUGCAGCUAACCUCAGACGUGAUCAUCUUCACCACUGGCUGUGGAUUUGAUUUCUGGUUAUAGAACUAAGGGCAGCUUGCGGGUUAGCUCUGUGACUGCAUAGUUCUACGUGCUUUCCCUGAUCUUUUGCUGCUAUUUGAUCUUUAAAUUUCUCCUUAGUUUUGGUGAAACUCUCUAAAAUACAUUCUGAUGCAAUUUAUAAAAAUUAUGUACUCAAGAAAGGAGUCCUGUUUCUCUCAAUUUCUCAUCUGUUUGGGAGAUGGCUUUAGAGCACUAGAAAAGCACUGGGGAGAUUCUCAACUUAAAACAUCCAGCCAUUUGAAGGAAUGAUUAAGUACAUCAGGGCUUCAUAGUAAAUGUUCUCUUUAAGUCUUUUAAUAUUUAUAACAAUUUUUUUUCCCAGAAGGUUUAGGUUGCAAGUUUGGUGUUUCUUGUUUUUGUUUUGCUUCCUGCUUUAAUUCUUUCAUUUUCUGUCAUUACUGGUAUUGACAAAUAAAAUAUCUUUAAAACAUCUCCUCUUCAGAAAUAGGUCCCCCUUCAUUGCCCGUCACUGUCUUUCACUCUCCUAUUAUUCUGCCACCACUGAGUAAAGGAAGGUAGGAAAAGACAAACGCCUAAGUGCAGGUGUGGGGAGGGGAGGGGUUUCACAAGUCGGUAUUGGAGAUUUCACAAGUGGCUGUUAACGACCAGUUCAGCAAGAAGUAUUGAGUGUGUACAAAGGGGAGAGCUGGAAGUGUAACUCCAGACCUGUUGGCUGCUCGAGUUGUUUCGUACAUUCUAAGGCAGCAGUCCACAACCUUUUUGGCACCAGGUACCAGUUUUCUGGAAGACAGGUUUUCCAUAGACAGGGUGGUGAUGGAGGUGGUGUUGGAAUGAAACUGUUCCACCACAGAUCAUCAGGCAUUAGAGUCUCAUCAGGAGCACACAACCUAGAUCCCUCGCAUGCGAAGUUCACAAUAGGGUUCUAAGGGCAUUAGAAUAAGCAGCCUUUUCACCUGUGGGCCUCUGGUGAGAAAUUAUGUAAAUAGUGAUAAUCAGGCUUGAUUGUAAUGUUCCUUCCUCUUCCAGUACAGUGUUAGAGUUCGGGUUCAUUAAAAUUAAGCAAACUCCCAAUGGGUUGGAGCUGUUCUCUUUAAUUCCAUUUUGUAGCUAACCUUGUUGUAUUUCAGCCCUUGUUGAAAAUUCUUCUGGUAAGUGUUGCUCUUCCUCACGGCACUUUUCCCAUUGGGAGUUUGGCUAUCCCUCAGAGCCAUCCAGUCAAGCACAAGGUCCAUUCUAGCUCACAGAAAAGUCUUUUCUUCCACGAUUUCUAUCUGAACUGGACAUGUAGAGAGUAUGGGAAACAGAUGAAUCCCUAUUAAACAUGAAGUUCAGAUUGUAUUUAAGA